CCUCCUAACCUAAAUUUUUGUAGGUAUUUUUAUCACCAAAAUGCUACAGCAUCUCUUAAAAUCCUUAAGCGUGAUAUUUAUUAUAAUAAAUGAAGUAAAAACUCAAAGAAAUGAUGCAGACUCCAAUGAGCCAAAGUUGGGGCCAAGGUUGGCCCAACCUAACGUACUGGGAGUAAUUUUGAAUAAGUAUCGAAAAACGGAGACAAGUACUGAAGCCUAUUAUGAGCUGAUUAGGGAUGACGACAAAGCUCCUAUAAGAGAAAAGCGGAAAACGACCACAACAACGACAGAGAAGGUCUACCAAGCCUACAUCGACAUGACCACGGAGAGAACGGGCAAGGUGCGGCGCGCCAUGCUGAGCCACCUGAAUGGCACUGUCAUUAUUCCGAUACCGUACACGGAUGUUAUUGUAGAGAUGCAAACUCUUUUCUUCUUGGCUGCCAGUAUUGUGUUCGCUAUGCGGUGCUGUUGCAAUAGGGCGCAAUGUUAGUGGAGUGGAGUUUUGUAAGUGAUCAGCGUAAAGACUUGUGAAUGUAACCUAUACUGAUGUGAAUUUCGGAAUUAUAUCGUGCAUUAAGUACAUCAUAUUUGAUGCGCAUGUCUAAUCUGAUAAGAGAAACAUAUUUUUUUGUUUUUAGAAGAUGUGGAUAAUGAUAUCGGAUCCAAAUGAAUAAAAAAUAAAAGUUACUUUGUAAACUUGUAUAUUUUACGACAUACAAUAAUACUUUCAUUUCAUUACACUAUUCGUUUUAAUACUUACAACAUCGAAGUCUUAAAAUUGUAUUAAUUAGUUCGAUAAAAAACACCUUUUUAUACAAUUGAAUACUACCAAGUCAACUAUAACAUAACAUAACCCACAUUUGUAAUUAAUAAAACUCAUUUCAUUAAUAUAAAAUUAAUCUACUAGAUU